CUGUUUUUUUAUAAAGCUAGUAAAAUAAGCUGCUAUAUAGACUCCAAGGCUAGAACACUGGCCAAGGGGUCCUUCAUACAGCUCAUUUGUAUUCAUUCUCCUAACUUUCUUUUCUCUCUGCUUCACAAGCCUCAACACAACCACAAAUCGAUAAAAAAAAAAAAAAAAGUUACAGAGAGUACUGCCAUUAGGAUCUCACUUCACUAAUCACUUACUACAAUAAUUAUUUUCACUUUUCUUCUUUUUAGAUGAUGAAUGACUUCAACCGGUUGACAUAAUAUGCAUUAAUUCAUGGCUUCUCUUAACUCAUAUCAUUACUCAACAACCACCUUGCUUAUCAUAGUUCUUCUUCUCCAUCAUUUGCUUCCUCUAGUUUCUUGCUUCAAUAAGCUGCAGCCUUCAAUUCCUCCUCGGGAGUUGUUAUUUGAAGAGAAAAACAGGUUAGGUUCAAUGCCACCAAGUUGUCACAGCAAGUGCAAUGAGUGUCAUCCAUGCAUGGCAGUUCAGGUGCCAUCUUUGCCAAGACAAGAUUCUGUCCCUUCCAAGGUUGCUUCCAUGAAAAAAUGGCUUAGCCCAUCUUUACAAUUAGGUAACAGCAGGUACUCAAAUUACAAGCCAUUAGGGUGGAAAUGUCAUUGUGGUGACCACUUCUUCAACCCUUAAUUAGAAAUUGUACACCCUUGUGGAUCCAAGAUUUUGCUCCUCCUAAUCAAGUAAAAUGAAAAUGAAAAUGAAAAUUACCCAUCUUUUUUUGUAUUAAAUUAUCAAUAUUAAUUAAUUAAUGAUAUUUGUGUUUUAAUUACUAGUAUAGUUUUAGGUGUCCUAUGUGGUUAAUCCGACGUUUGCGUCAGCAUUGAUUGUAUACAAGUUUGAUGAUAGUACGUAGUACAUUUGUACAAAGUUUGUUAUAGACCUGAAUUCCUAUGUUAUGCUAGCUGCAUCUAUAUUUUCAGAAACCUUCAUCUA